AAUGCACUUGUAAAGCUUACAUGCUUUAAAGAUCCUUGAAGCAUGUACGCGUUAUAUCAGCUUUAUAUACGUAUAUAGAGCAAGCUAUAAUGCUAUAUGUCGGCUGUGCAGUUAUGCAUUAUUGAUGCUAUAUAGAGCUUUAUUGCGUCGUUAAUGCUGUAAUGGAGUUUCAAUGCAACAUUAGUGCAAAUGUAUAGCCAAUAUAGUGCAAUGGCUUAAUGCUUAUGGUUACUUGGGUAUAUGUGCAUUAACUGCUAUGAACUGUGUUCAUCUAUAGUAACGGUUUGUCCAGAAUUUCCUUUCAAAGAGAAUUUUGACAGUUGGGAUUUUCGAUUGAUUGACACCGGUGUAGUGGAUUGCACUGGUUUUGCACUUUCUAGCAGAAGUGUCAAUUGGCGAUUUGCGGCAAAGCCAAAAUUAGUCGUGCGACACCUAUGAUUCAGCUCAUGAACUGGCAAAGUGAUAUAGUUUGCUUUUUUCACCCGUAAGUGAGUCGUAGCUUACAACAAAAUCUUCAUUAUCUUCUCGGAAAAAGCUUACCACUGCCAAAAUAUGAACGAAACGAGUAAGAAAUUUAGUUUUAUUUGCAAUUAUUCUGAAAUUAUAGCCAUUUGCAACUAUUUCACUCAUACAUUUCUUCGAAAUGUAAUCGGGCUAUUAUUGUGGUUAUAAAAAAUCGUUCCAUAAAUAAAGUUCCAACUCGAAACCGAGACCCAAUCAGUACCAAUGUCAAACUCCUUCAUAUUUUGAACUACGUAGGAGAUUCAGUGAAGGCUAUCGGAGAGAAGGAUCGGCUGUGCAUGAUACAAAGCUGACACUUUCCUAUUAGCCGGAUAUAUUCUUUCCUCGCCUGAUCUGGAGAGUUUCAUGAAUUUACACCAUCUCAUGAAGGUUUAGCUUAACUUAGGACGAACGGGAAAUGCUGUUGCGGCGGCUACGGUGCUCAACAAAUUACAUUUCGAAACAGCGCGCAUAUAGCUCUACGAAUAAUAUUAGAAACCACUAUGUUUUACACUCUUUUCGCAAGAUGUUUACUCAUCAUCUUAUAAAAUGAUGGUUUUCCUUCAUUUUCAUAAGCAAUUAUCAACAAUUUGAUCGGUAAUUUGGUGUUUAAAAGUCGUUUUUUACCAAUGUUUACAGAAAAUAUAUGCACUAUGACAGCACAGAAUCAAAUCAGUAACACUUUCCUUCCUGCGCUAUCUGCGAGCGGUUUCAACGUAGAAUCGCCAAUGGAACAUACCCAGUUUUCUGUAUAGACACUCAUAGUAAUAGACCAGCGAAGGUACUUUUAUCGCGCCAAACGAACUGUCAAAAUCCGGAGCCAAACGAGCAUGACGUCAUUCAAUGCAAACAAGCAGAACAAGUAUUGCGAUUUUAUUUAAAAAAUUAUAUAUUUUGUUAUUCACAAUAGGCUUCAUUUUUCGUGUUCGUAUUAGUAUUUCACAAUGUUAUUUAGAAAGAUAUUUAUUUUGUUCAAAAUAACUACACAAAAAGUAUUUUACUUAUGCUCUUUUUCAUCAAAUUUGUGUUUCUGAAGAAAUUGGAUUUUUUUCUUUCUUUUCUCAAUUUCUUGUUGCUCAGUAUCAAACAUAUAACUCCUCUUUUGAUUCAUAUAUUGAGCCACUUGAAAAAUUAUUUUCAUAUAAACAGAUGAUCGAAUACAGUCGAGCACGUUCGAGCUUGCACAUUUUUGGGUGAUGCCAGUUUAACAUGCUUGUUUUUCUAGUUGCCAGUUUUGCGGUUUUUACAUCCGCGAGUCUAUUACUAUGAGUGUUUAUAGUUUUCUGCACUUCUGCCAGCGAUGCCAGAUUUACAGACAUGUCUGUAUUUUACAGACUUUUGAUGUCUCCUACAGACGUAGCCAGAGAUCUACAGACUUUUAAAAGGGUAAUGGUGUUUAGUAAAAUUUCACUAGAAUAACUGUUUUCGAAUACGAGUGAUUCCUUCACAAUAGAAUUCUACUUUCAAUCUAUUUUUAAAGUAAAAUUUUAGUGUAACUAGGAUUUACACAACCAUCUACAGACAUUUUAGUUAUUCUUCUACAGACAUUUAAAAAAAAAACAUGUGGCAUCGCUGACUUCUGCUAAAAAGUGCAAAAACGGUGCAGUUUCAGUGCACUCCACUACAACGGUGUCAAUCAAUCGAAAACCCCAAGAGUCAGAAGAACUCCUUUAUGUAGUUUUUCGGUUGCGUGUGGGUAUUAUUGAAAAUGGGUACUUUCUACGCAUUAAUUAAUACUUUAUUUUAUUAGUGUACGUGUUGCAGUAAUGGUACUGUCAGAUUUGUACAAGUUGAAAAGAUGGUGCUAAAUGGUUCGCAGAGUUUUGUGAUUUCCACUAACGAUGGUUUACCGCAAAAAAUUUGUAAACAUUGCCUGGCUACUUUAACCAAAAUGCAUGAAACAAUCAAUGCCUUUCAAGAAAACGAUCGUAUGCUGCGGUUACAGCAGUUAUCUCAGGUCGACAUUAAAGAAGAAAUUUUUGAUACUGAAGAAACGGAACAAGCCCUCGCUGAUGCAUGGCAAUUUGACAUCAUCGCUGAGGAAUACCUCAACCAAACCAUCGAAGAAAUCCAAGAAGUUGAUAAGCUAGAGCCAGACGACGAAAAGGUUGAUGAAAUAUGGCUACCGCCGGAACCCGACAAUCAAUCAGAUGGUUCACUCGAAGAAAAACCUGUUCUAAAAAAGCGAAAUCGAAAAAGAAAUCGUAAAGCCGGUACUGAGAUGGUUCGAAAAGGACGCCCCAGAACUCGAUUUAGGGAUCCGAAUGGCCCUCGAAUGAAUGACUUCAAAUGCUACAUUUGUAAAUCUGACUCACUGGGGACGCCUGGUGCUUUACUAACUCACCUCGACUCUCACUUGGAUAAAGUGCCUUAUACUUGUACCGAGUGCGUCGUGGAGACCAUUGUCAUUAACAAAGUGACGACGCUGAACAUUCACAAACGAAUGCACGAGAACCCGCACAAGUGUCCACAUUGCGAUAGGCGGUAUAGCGACAAAAAGGCAAUCGAUACGCAUGUACAAGCGUAUCAUCUUGGCGAAAAUGCUCCAUGUCCAUCAACAUGUGAGCAGUGCGGUAAGGUUUGCACUUCGAAGUCAUCUCUGAAACAACACAUGCGACUACACAUCAGUGGGUCAGCUUGUGAGUUUUGCGGUAAAUUAUUCGUUGCAAAACAGAAACUCCUUCAACAUAUCGAUCAGAAGCACAAGAAGCUAAAGAAGUAUGAAUGUCACUUGUGUCAAAAAAAGCUAUGUUCAUUGGGCUCAGUCCAGGUGCACAUCAAGACGAUGCAUUCGACCAAGGAAGUGAGAUGUGAAUACUGCGAUAGGAGUUAUCCUUCGGAGAUUUCCCUCCGUUACCACCUGAAGAAACACGAGCAAGAUCCUAAUGGGACAUUCUCGUCCGAUUGGAAAAAUUUCUACACUUUAGUAGAAGCAGAAGAUAACAAAUCGGAGAAUAGACUAAAGAAAUGCAAUUUGUGUGGGGACAUUGUCAAGUACAUUUCACCUCACAUGAAUACGGUCCAUUUCCCCAAGGAAUUUCGCUGCGAGGUAUGCGGUGCAGUUUACAAAAAGAAAUCGAUGUACAAAAUUCACGUUCUGGAACAUGAGCACGGCAAAGCUCUCCGAUGCCCGAUCUGCGGCAAAGAAUUUUCUGACCGAAAGGCGUUGAUUUCCCAUCUAAGAACGAAAAAACACCAAGAUCAUCCAUUGGCCAAAUCUCUGGACUGGCUGGGCGUAAAGCGAGUAGCUGGUACUGGGAGUCAAGUGAAAAAGAAUGACACGGACGUUAAACAAACUGAUUGAGCGAAAGUUUGCAUAACGAUAGUAUUACUCAGAACACUACUGAAUUCAAUUUGUAAGGUUUUUGGUUCAAAUAAAGAAUUAUUCAAACAAA